AGGAGGAGUUUUCAUUUUUGCUCUAAGAGGAUGCAGAACUCCCGACCUCUGAACAGUGCUGAAUGGCCCUGUGCUGAGCACAUGCACUCUCCCUCUAGCAAAACCCACACUAAACUGAGCAUGUGCAGAGUAACUCCUCACAAUAUGUCUUAUCUGGAAGAAGGGGAGGAUCAGAGAAGUCAGGAUCAAACAGCCUUUUUAUACAAUGCAGAGGAUUAACCCCUUAGGUUCCACAGUGAGAUAUAACUAGCAUGCUUUACUGCAUAUACAGACUGAUUUCACUAUUGUGGGUUUAGUAACACUUU